AUGCUUGCAAAAUUGAAAGGAUUUGAUGACAUAUCUAAAGCCCAUCAAAAGGUCUGUGCAAUGGCCUUCCUUAGAAAAGCUGGUAAUAUACUAAGCCGGACUGUGAGUAAUCACAUCAGUCAGGAAAUCUCAACAUCCCAAUCCUCCCUCUUUCAAGCAAUAAGAUGCAUGUCAACCUCGAAAAUCUUUAUUGGAGGACUCUCAUUCAGCACAGAUGACUCAGGUCUGAGAGAAGCUUUUAGUAAGUAUGGAGAAGUUGCUGAAGCAAGGGUGAUUGUUGACCGUGAUACUGGCAGAUCUAGAGGAUUUGGCUUUGUUACAUUUUCUACUGUUGAGGAUGCAUCUGCUGCCAUCCAGGCCUUGGAUCAACAGGAUCUUCAUGGUCGUAGAGUAAGGGUGGCUUAUGCAAAUGACAGGACUCCUAGCUAUGGGGGUGGCGGCGGCAGCUAUGGGAGUGGCGGCGGCAGCUAUGGGGGUGGCGGCUAUGGAGGUGGCGGUGGUGGUGGUGGCUAUGGAGGGAACUAUGGCAGUGGUGGAGGCGGUGGCUAUGGUGGGAACUUUGGUAGUGCUGGUGGCGGAGGUGGUGGCUAUGGGGGAAACUUUGGCACUGCCACAGGUGGUGGAGAUGGCUACACUGGUGGUGGUAGUCUAAAUUAUGGGGGUGAUGGUCAGAAUUUUGGUGUUGCUAGAGGUGGUGAGGGCCUUGACACCCUUUCCAUUGAUAAUAACAUGGGUCCUGCUGGCAGCGGUUUUGUACAAGAUGAGGGGGUUCAGUUGAAGUUUGAUGCCGAAGAAAGCAAAAACAUGGAAGGUGCUGUUGACAGUUAUGACAAAGAUGAGCCCGUGGAAGGAAACUAUAGAGAUGACAAUGAUACCCCUGAUAAUUUUGCUGAUAGAAGGGGAUAG